AUGGACAUAUCUCGAAGAUUCGCUGCCCUUCUCAUAUCCCUCCUCACCCUCUCCCUCCCCUCGACCGCAGCUGAUGCUGGCAUCUCACAAUGCCACCCCACCAAAUUCACAUUCCCCCCUCUCCCCGGCGCAGUCCACGUCCGUACCACCGCCGCCGUCGUGCGGAACUAUACCGGACACGCGGGCUGGAUGCCCGACGCCGCCGUCUCCGUUCCCCUGUCCGGCGUAGCGCCGUUCUGCAACGUCACAGUCUCGUACGCGCACCCGGGGUAUGACUUUGUGUACUUCGUCAAGAAGGAUCCCGAGUUUGACGUGGGGAACAUGACGAUGGAAGAGUUUCGAGACGUGUUUAGGCAGGGCGUGGAGGAGUUCACGUCCGCGAUUGGGACGUCGCACGAUUUGAGGAGGUUCAGGGACCGCGGGGGGAAGAUGCUGAUGUGGCAUGGGAUGGCGGACCAGACGGUGAUGGUGCUGGCGGCGAGGGCGUUUUACGAACGGGCGAGGAAGCUUGAGGAGAGCCGCGGGGUGGAGAUUGAGGAAUACUGGAGGUAUUUCGAGGUUCCGGGGAUGAACCAUUGUAGUCCGCUCUACGGCGGGCCGUAUCCGUGGGAUGCGAUGGAGAGGUUGCGGAAGUGGGUUGAGGAGGGGCUUCCGCCGCAAGAUCUCGAGGCGAGAACGGUCGAGGAGCAGGACGGGAGGAGAGUGUUUGGGAAAAAGGUUAGGAGGGUUUGUAUGUUUCCGAGGGAGGGCGUGUGGGAUGGAAGUGAGUGGCAGUGUCUUUUGCCUGGUGAGAAGCUGGAUGAGAAGAGAGAGGAUCUUUGA